GCAGCAUAUCACGACAGGGACAGGAUUUUGAGACGCCUUAGGUUUUUGUUUGAAUCAAAAACCCUAAACCGCUAAACAAGUCUCAUUCUUCCCCUGUUGGAAUCAAUAUCGACCGUUGCCAAGUCGGAUUCACUCGAAAUCCCCUUCUCCGUUUGAUGUCGCCGCCGCCGCCGCCGCCAUCACUAAGCUCCGACAGUGUUCAAUUCAAUUCAAUGUUGGACGAGAGCAAGUUCGAGGUGCACCUCAAACUCUGGGCCCUUCGAAUCCCUUGCCAACAUUGCAAGCUCGCCACGAGAAUCCUCAACGGUUACUUGCUCGACAAGCCCCGAGUUAAACCCAUCGCCGAGGACCCAACCUGUGACAAAAACCGUUACCUUAUACUCUCUGACAAUGUUCAUAAUCAAGAUUUAUCUGAUAUUCCAAAACAAAAGCUAGAUGAGCUCAAGGGCUUGUGUGAGAUUGAAAUUGUGCCCUAUUCGUUGACUUUAGGGUAUUCUCACUGGAGUGCAGAUCAUGUGCUGAAGCAGAUACUGCCUACUGGAGUGGAGGUGCCUUCGUCCUUUGAAACAAUUGGUCAAAUUGCCCAUUUAAACCUACACGAUGAGUUACUUCCCUACAAAGAUGUUAUUGCAAAGGUUAUUUAUGAUAAAAACUAUCCAAGAAUCAAAACUAUUGUUAAUAAAGUUGGAACCAUUACAAAUGAAUUUCGUGUGCCAGAGUUUGAAAUUUUAGCAGGAGAGCAUAAUAUGAUUACAGAAGUGAAGCAAUAUGGUGCCACUUUUAGGCUUGAUUACAGAUUGGUUUAUUGGAACUCGAGAUUGGAACAUGAACACAAAAGGUUAGUCUCAAUGUUCCAAGCUGGACAGACCAUUUGUGACAUGUUUACUGGUAUAGGCCCUUUUGCCAUUCCUGCUGCACAAAAAGGAUGCAUAGUCUAUGCAAAUGAUUUAAAUCCGGAUAGCAUUCACUAUCUGAGGAUUAAUGCCAAAAUCAAUAAGGUUGAUGAUCGCAUUUAUGCAUACAACAUGGAUGCUAGAAAAUUCAUCUCCCAGAUGAUGGAAGUUCCAAAUAAUGAAGUUACAUUAGAAACCUCACAUGAAGUUCCCAUUUUGGAUACACGAGACAAUGCUGAAUCAAAUUCUGAAAAUGAGUUGCUAACUGUUGAUACCAAAGACCUAGGAGAUAGCAAUAAUAGUGGGUUAGAGGAUGUAAAGGGUUCAACAAGGCACACUGCUACAUCUGUAAUUGCUGGUAAAAGAUCUUCUACUAGUUAUCAUGAAGGGAAUGGAGAGGCUCAUGGAACUGACAUUCUUGAAGGUUGUAGGAGAAAAGGAAGCACAAACAAAAGAAUGAGAGGCUCUGAAAUCUGUGUCACAAAAACUUGGGAACAUGUUGAUCACGUAAUAAUGAACCUACCUGCAUCUGCUGUUCAGUUUCUAGAUGCAUUCAGGGGAUUAAUCCAGAAGAAAUAUUGGAAAGGAUGUCUACCAUGGAUUCACUGCUAUUGCUUCAUUAGGGCGACUGAAACUCCUGAGACUAUAAUAGCUGUGGCAGAAUCUGCUUUGAACACUCGUAUACAAGACUCAACAUUUCAUAGGGUUAGGGAUGUGGCUCCAAACAAGGCAAUGUAUUGUUUAAGCUUCAGGUUGCCAGAAGCAUGCCUUAAAGAAGAUAGUCAAUAACAUUGUCCUUGGUGAUGCUGAAGGGAAGUUAGCUUUGUGUAAUACUACCUUAGUUUUCAGGGUUUGACAGGGGUGCAUUGAUGGAUCCAGACAUUCAGUGCCAUGUGUCAAAUUUAACAGAAGGAAUAGGCCAUGUUCAUUGAAACUAUAGAGUGGGAUUCAUUCUUCUUGAGAUGGAUUUUAUUCCUCUACUUGUGUUUCAAAGCAAAAAGUGCCCAGUUGACUGCGUUUGGUAUAUUCUUUGGAAUUAUACACAGUGAACAAUAAUAUUAUUGUAUCUUGCAGUGUAUGGAUUAUUCCACCAACAACUACUCUACUAAAAUUGUGGGCCAAGCACAAAAUCUGUAUAGUGCAUGAGUGCUUUUUGGAUAUACAGCAAAGUUGAAAUUUUUUGGCCUCUUGGCUGUAAA